UUAAGAAGCAGAAAACUUUAAAUGUGUCGAAGUGAAGCAACCAUACGUUCAGAUGAGACUUGCAGUAGUAAAGAUAUGUUCAAACACAGACAACGAGCAGUAGUAAAGGUCGAGCAUUAAAGAAGUACAGUAAAAUAACGAAGCGCAAUCGGGACCGGAGCGAAGUAGGCCGUAUAAUCCGCUGCGAAUAGAUUGGCGGGAAAGGAGGGGCGGGUGUCACGUGUCUCAGAACGUGCGGCCGGCAGCGGCGGCUCACUCCGCCAACUUCAAGCGUCAGUAGUACGUUUCGUCGCGCGCAUAAGCGAUCUUCGUCGAGGAUUGUGCUGGCACCAGGUCGAUCUCUUCCUCGUCAAUCCAUCGAGUGGAUCGAGAGAAGUGAGAGAGAUGAGUUGUAAAUUCAACGCUAGUAUAUCGCGCGCGUGGUGAGAGAGGUUUUUGACAGUUGUGCGUUUGUCUUUGAAAAAAAUUAGUUUAUUUGAACAAUAGAAAAAGAGAUCGCGCGCACAAAAUGGAGGAAGUAUCCGUGAAGAACGCCAAGGUGUCGGACUCCGGAUACUCCAACACUUGCAGCAACAGUCAGUCGCAACGAAGCAGCGACAGCUCAAGAAACAGUAAUCGCUCUGAAAGCAGUGGCUGUUGUGGUAGGCAUCCAUCAACCUUCGGAUCCAGCAAUGAGGCGCUACCGCAGCCGAUCAGCAAGAGAAAGGACAAGGAGCACAAGAAAAAGAAGUCGAAGGUAUCGGCGAUCAACGCCGAGACGGAAGUCAGUGCUCUGAAGACGACUAACGUGUUGCCCGAGGUCACAUCCUACAGCGUCAUCGUCCCCGCGAACAACGGUGGCGUUCUUAACGAGAAAUCAGAAGAGGUAACCAUUGUGGAAUUGGUGGAUGCAACAGAUCCUGGGGAGCACAACGGCGACAUCGUCACAGAUCCUGAUGCAGCAGGACUCGCUUCGCGGAUGAUCCCUCCUGAUGAUUCCACGUCUCAAGCCAACGAAGGAUUUUGCGCAGUGAUUUCGAUGCACGACGGCCUCGUGUUGUAUACAACCCCUUCGAUAUGCACCGCCCUCGGCUACUUCAAGGACGCCUGGAUCGGCAGGUCCUUCAUCGAUUACGUCCACCCGAAGGAUAAGGUCACCCUUGCCGAUCAGAUCACCAGCGGCAUCGCUUCCCCCCAGGAAGAGCGGUUUAAAGGCAUCAACGGCAGAAGGGCGAGUUUGUUCUGCGGCCUGCGAAGGUUCACCAAGUGCAACGUGCCGAACGGACAUCGCGCGGACGCCAGAUCGAACCUGUACCUGACGUUUCACCUGACCCUAUCGUUCCGCGACUUCCGAGACCAAACGGCAGAACAAAAGCCCAGCAACCGAGCUAUGUUCCUCGUAGUUACCGCCCAACCCGUCCAUUCCGCAUACAAAGCGCCAGAAGAAACAAUAAUAUCUUCGGUAUUCACGACUCGCCACACCUCGACGUGCCAUUUAUCUCAUGUUGAUCCCGACGUAGUCCAAUACUUCGGCUACCUACCGCAGGAUAUGGUUGGCCGUUCGCUGUUUGACUUCUAUCAUCCCGAGGAUCUGCCCUUCAUCAAAGACAUCUACGAGACUGUGAUCAGGCUCGAAGGCUCCUCCUUCAGGUCGAAACCGUACAGAUUCGCCGUGCAGAACGGAGGCUGCGUCGUCCUCGAGACCGAGUGGUCGUCCUUUAUCAAUCCUUGGACGAAAAAACUAGAGUUUGUCGUAGGUCAGCACCGGGUGCUCAAAGGGCCGGUGGAUCCGGACAUCUUUCGCGUGCCACGCGACACCGAUAGCGGCUACCUGACCAGCAUAAGCGAGGAGGUCCUGAAGGAGGCUAAGAUCAUCCAGGGCGAGAUACGGGCGCUCCUCGAGGAGAACGUCCAGACAAUGUCAGAUAUAACCGAGCUCGACGUAUCAAAGCGAUGUAAGGACCUAGCGUCCUUCAUGGAAAGUCUGCUGCAGGAGACGAAGGCACUCGGGGUCAGCAAGGAUGGACUUCUCACGGCGGACGAACUCAGGAGCUUUUCGGGAUCACGCAAUCCCUUGUUGCAGGAACACGACAGCGUGAUGUUCGGAGAGAUCUCGCCACAUCACGAGUACUACGACAGCAAGUCUUCCACAGAGACGCCCCCGAGUUACAAUCAGCUCAAUUACAACGAGAACAUUGAGCGUUUCUUCAAGAGCAAACCACCCGUCACCACCAUGUACGGCAGCGAUGAGGAGAACGUCAACUCCAGUAACGACGAGGGUGCGAGGAAAUGCAUGUCCCCGAUAAAUGGCAGCGGUGCCAGUGGCAGCGGCAGCGGCGAGAAUCUGAGUAGUGGUUCCAACAAUCAGACGAGCUCGGUCAGCCGCCAAGGCGACGCCUUCAACAUCACGAGCAACAGCAAUACGAUCACCCCGACGGAGGGCUUCAAGCUUCCCACGUUGACGGAGUCACUGCUGAACCGGCACAACGAGAACAUGGAGAAGCUGAUGAUGCAGAUGCACCGGGAGCUGCGCUCCAGCAUCAAGAACAGCGACAAGCUGAAGGACUCCCGCAACAAGACGGAAAAGAGUAACGCGACCGAGUAUGCGAAUCAGGGUCACGGGAUCAAGAGGAGCGGAAGUCGUCACAGCCGGGAGGGCGACAGCUUCAAGGUAUCGAAACACGAUAAAAUCUCGCGGACGAGCACGGCGGGUCCGGCGAAUCUGACGACCACCACCGUCACCAGCAUGAGUCUCGAUCAGUCGACUGUAGUGCAAACGGGGGCGAAUAUUAAUAUGUGGCCACCGCUGUCAGUUACUGUACCCUCCUCCUCCGUAUCUGCUCAACCUUGCGUUUCCCCCCACAAUACCAAUUCGGAGACGAGAUUUGCCUUACUUCCGCCGAUGAUACCGGUGUAUUACGUGCCGAUGGCGCAACCCAACGAGUCCGCGACGACGAUGUCAACGCCCCGGGAGAAGAUCGAUCCAUCCCCGUCGAUGCAAUCGACGCAGCAUCCUUACAUGUCCUAUGUCACGACCGGGAUGAUUUAUCCAGCCAUGAUCGGCGCGCCGCCGCCACGUGCGAUGAUGUAUCAGCCGUUUCUGAUACCGGAACAAGCGCCGACGCGCGAAAAUCAACAGCAGCCGUCUAACAACAAGAGUCCGGAUCGUAAACGACCGGCUAGCCAAGCUACGAGUGUCAAAGCCGAGCCGGGGAGCAUAAUGGCCAUGUCCGAGUCCUCGAAGAAGGUUCUAUCGCCGGGCGAGUUGUUUUCGUCAUGCGUGAGCAAUGACGGCUGUUGUUCGAGUGUGGUGGAUCUUCCAACGCCGGUGAAGAAGCGUCGAUCGACCGACUACGGUGGCGGGGACGAGUCGAGCUCGUCCAGCUUCUACAGCAGCUUCCUGUACAAGAGCAGCGAUAGCAGUUGCAAUCCAGACCAGAAAACAUGCGAAGUCUCCUCCGAGGAACACACCAAGUGCAAUCAAGGAAUGCGAAGGAGGGAUCCACCCUGGCUGGAGGGCGUUCAAUUGACGCCGGAGUUGAUCUACAAAUACCAGAUGCACCCGAAGACGUUGAACGAGGUGCUGAAGGUCGAUAUGGACGCGAUGAAGAAGUUGAAUCAACCGCUUCUGGUGAACGAUCAGCUGGGCCAACUUUACGUGGACCUGGAGCUGCAGGGCUUCGGCACGGAACUCGUUCUCGAGGAUGGGACCACGUCGAGCGGGAGCGAAAGCAGCGGAAGCAGCAACGGCAACUGGUCCGAGUCGCAGCGCAAGCAGACGAGAAAAAUGGUUAAGUACGGCAAACUAGUAAUGAUUCAUGAGGAGAACGCGCCUCUACCGCCUCCAUUAGCCUCCCAGAUUAUACCCUAUCAGCACUCGUAGGAGUCGGACAGAAUCUAGAAAAUACUCUUGCAAAGUCAAUAUUUCGUUUCGUCAUGCUUUGCAUUUCUCUCCAAAAAUGGAUACCACGUCGUUUAAUUAAUCUUUAGAUUACAUCGUAUUCUCGUUAUACUCUCAUCUACUUAGGUAUUAUAUAUUAUUUGGCUUUUAAGAGUUUAAUCGAAGAAUUUAACUUUCGUCCCCUGAAUCUAAUAAAAUCAUUAGAUUUCGUUUCCUUACAACGAGACACUUUAUAUACUUUCGUUUAAACUCUUGUAAGUUUAGAGAGAAUUGAGUGAUUUUUAAUUCAAUACAUUAAUAAUAAUAAUGUAUAUAAAGGACAAUAAUUCUCUCUCAAUAUGCUGCUAUCUAUAUAUAUUUUGAUAUAUGAAUUUAUUUAUAUUUUGAAUUAUUUUUGUAUAUUCGAGAUAUAAAAAUUAAGAGUCAAUUUUGUUGAACUCAUAUUGUUCAAACAUUGACAAUAAAAGUUAAGUUGUUUCUUUGAUAUACGUAAUAUUUAUCUGCGAAUAUUUUAAUCAAACGAGAGAGCCAAAAUAAAUUCUUUGAGAGAGUCGAUUGAACAUUUUUCUGUUAAAAAAAAACUAUAAAUAUGGAUCGAUGUGUACAUAAACACACACACGAAUGAAAUGCACUCGGUGAGAAACACGUAAAUUUUACCGAUGUUCAAAUAUAUACAAUUUUUAUUCUUACAUCUUUCGGAAAAAAAAAAUGAUUUUCAUUCAAAAGUGACCAGAAAUUGAAUGAAUGUUAUAAUAAAUAAAUCGUAUCAUAUUGAUGCCGAAGCUCGUGAGAAAUUCUUGAAGUUGCCUUAAGCACGAAUUGGAGUAUAUUUUUUAACGCAAGGAUAUAUUAAUUAAGCGUGGAGCGCAUAAUUAAAUGUCUGUAGAAUUAGCACGUAACAUUCGUAUUUGUAUGAAUAUAUAUAUAUAUAUAUAUAUAU